CUUUCCUGGUGCCCAGGGUACCAGCCGCCUCCUCCUCCUCCUCCGCCCGGCCGCCCGGCAACCAUGUCCCAAAAGCGGAGGCGGACAUGGCGGGCACUUUCUCCGCCUUCCCCUUCGACUGGGAGGUGGACUCCCCGACGCUGGUGCCCCGGCAGGGACGCAGGCAUGACUGGAGGCUGAGCAGCAGCGGAGUGGGGCUCAAUUACAGCCCCCCACUGCCCUUCCCGCCGCCCUAUGCACGAGUGAGCCAAAGCUGGUGACUUUAAGGGGGAUGGCUGGUGCAAUUCGGAUUAGUGGAAGCGAUGUGGUUUGUAGCGGGGGACUGACACCCCCUCUCUCUACCUCUAGGCAUAGCUGUCAACGUUUUCCAUUUUUUACGGGAAAUUCCCUUAUUCCGAAUAGGAUUCAUCGCAAGAAAAGGGAAAAGUUGACAGCUAUGCCUCUAGGUCAUGGGUAGGCAAACUAAGGCCCGGGGGCCGGAUCCGGCCCAAUCGCCUUCUAAAUCCGGCCUCCAGAGGGUCCGGGAAUCAGUGUGUUUUUCCAUGAGUAGAAUGUGCCCUUUUAUUUAAAAUGCAUCUCUGGGUUAUUUGUGGGGCCUGCCUGGUGUUUUCACAUGAGUAGAAUGUGUCCUUUUAUUUAAAAUGCAUCUUAUUUGUGGGGCAUAGGAAUUCAUUCAUAUAUUUUUUUCCAAAAUACAGUCCGGCCCCCCACAAGGUCUGAGGGACAGUGGACCGGCCCUCUGCUGAAAAAGUUUGCUGACCCCUGUCUAGGUACUCUGCAGGCGGGCUAAUGCCGCCUGGAACCAGAACUCCUGCGGGAAUAAAUGGGUCUUACGGGGGGCGGGGUCUUGGUUCUAUUUUUCAUCCAUGCACCCAUUUUCCCAUUUCCUGAUGGUUUGUCCCAUUGCUGCUCUUUCCCACACCUCCUCCCUCGCACCCCCGCUUCGCUCAUCGCCAGUCUACGAUCUAUGAGCCGCUGCCCCCGGCAUCUGAGAAAGUCUUCCGAGAUGAGGUCAUCCCACGCUUGACAACCACCUCACAACUCGCUUAUGGCCCGAAAACCCACGGGGGAGUCCUGGCUCACCCCCGCUACUCUGUUGCCUAUGCGCAUUGGGACGUCCUCUACAACAAAGAUUUGAGAGAGAAGGUAAGGGGCAAGCAGGAAGCUCUGAGAUCUGGGAAAGGGAAUAGAAGCCCAAAUGGUCAAUGGGUACAUCCAGAUGGCCAGUGUAUUGAGGAUUUGUCCGCAUUUGUUUGCAGGGGGAUUAGACAAAGUUGGCAAUUUAAUCUGCUUUUGUCAUGAUUUGCUUUCAGGGAGGUCAGAUGGUGUUGUGUCAACCCAAGUGUUAUGGGAACUCCCAGUGUGUUUUUCCCUGUCACUUUGCUUCUUGCAAAAAGUCUGAUCUUUUGCAGAAGCAGGUUUGUUGCGCAAGAGUUUCCAGCCAACUAAACUGCACAACCUGAAUUUGUGACUGAAUCCCACCCCCAAAUAGUGACAGUUCUUGAAGUUCCCUAGGCUUGGUGGCUUUACUGAGGAGGGAAUGGGUGGAAUGAAUCCAGUCUGUAAAUUACAGCCUGGUUCUGUGUGAGCUUACUCAGAAGUAAGUUCAGUUGAGCCUGGGCAUAGUCAGGAUUUAGGGGGGGGGGGGGCCAGGACCGAGCUACCUGCACUGCGAUUGGCCAGUUUGCGAUUGGCCAGUUUGCGGAAGCCAUGCCUAUUGCUCAGUCAGGUUGCCAGUUGCAUCGCUAGAAUGUGUCACAACAUCACCCAAGUGACCUCAGCGAGCAUUUCAGUUUCAAAUAUUCUGAUUAUUUCUACUUUUAGCUAAGUAUUUUUAUUUAUUUACUUGCAGCCUACCUGCUCUGAAAAAUCACAAGCCCCCCUUUCUGUUCAUUCCAAAACAUGACAAUAUUAAGAUGAGAAGCAUCUGCUCUUGUAUGCUUUUCUAGGGUUCCUUUAUUUUAAUUUAAAGAUGUAUGCAAAUAGGUACAGAAGUAUUCACAUGCAUGCCCAGUAAAGUUAAAGGCAAUGGGUGACACACACACACUUAAAAAUCCCACCCCCACAAAAACCCAGUUGGACACAUUCUGUCAAACUCCGCCCACUAGUGUUGAUGAGCAAGCAGUGGUGGAAUAGCAGUGAAUACCUGUGACUGGAAAAAAUGGGGGUGUGUGCCAAAUACAAAACACAAAAAAAUCAGACCUGAGGAACAGGUUUGCUGUAUAAAGCCCCCAUUUAGAAGCACACUGAAUCAGCUGGACAUUCAGGGAGUAAUCUUGAAAUAUCAUCGAUGGAGCCCCACACACCCACACUCUGUGAUUGCAGUCCAGGCAGGAGAAUGGGACAGGGGCGAGGAUUCUGCAGAGUUUCCCAGAAGCCCCUGUUCUUUCUUUUUUUAAAAAUAACUUUUUUAUUCAAAAUUAAAACAAAACAUAUUAUCCAGAAACAUAUCAUCCUUAUUUUCCCUCCCCCAUUUUUCCUCCCUCUCCUCCCCCCCCCCACAGAACCCACCCACCCCCAUCCCCCGACUUCCCUCAGUUCCAGUCUUUGAUUUCUCUAAAAAUGCUGUUUUCUGCAUGUUAUACAGUUGUAUAGAUCCUCAAAACUAUUUAGCUGAUUAUUAUCAAUAAAAAGUUUGUGAAUGUUUAUUCAAAGCCAGCCAAAGAGUCCAGUUCGCUUUGUUGCGUCUUCAAGUACUUUGUAAAGGGUUCCCAUUCAUCUUUAAAGUCACAGUUAUCCUUGUCCCGUAGUUUAUAUGUCAGUUUUGCCAGUUCUGCAUAGUCCAUCAAUUUUUCUUGCCAUGAUUCUUUAGUUGGGGUUUCUUCAGUCUUCCAUCCUUGUGCUAUUAAAACUCUCGCGGCCGUUGUCGCAUACAUGAAGAUGUUUUUCAGCAGAAGCCCCUGUUCAAGGGGAAGAACAAAGGCCCUCAAGUGACAAGGUGAUGGCAAGACAAAUCAUCUUUCCUCCAUGGCUCUGUUUGAAAACACCAGGCUGAAGGAGGCAAACUCCCCGAGGCAAAUGAGGAAACAUUUGCACGAGAGGGUGUCCUUGUGAAGUCAUGGUGACUGUUCCCCCAACCCCUUCUUCUCUGUACCCCUGUUUCUGAUCUUCUCCCCGACAGCUGCAGCUGAGAGCAUGGAGGUUCCCGCUGACCAUGGGCAACCAGAAGAGCGAGACGAGGGAACGCUACCCUGGCUGGCCCAAUCUCCCACAAGAGCCCACCUUCCAUGCUGGGCCUCAGCCAUUUGGCUUGGCUGACCAUCACCUGGAUGGACCAUCCAAGGUAUUUGGUGUUUCUGAAGCAGGGAGAGGACAUCCCCCCUAUGCUGGACAUCUUCUUCCUUUUGACCAAGACAUCUUUGUGUUCUGUUUUAGGUUAACCAGUUGACAACCUCUACCUAAAGGUUGCUUGGUUUUGCAUACCUUACAAACAAUUGCUUGCAUAUAUAUUUAGGGUGUUAGGGGAGGGGGUAGUGCCUUUGGUGGGGGACAUGUGCUACUUCUGGGGUGGUUUGUUCACCUUUGGUCCCCACCUGCACUCAGCUCUCACCUGUGGCUCCUAGAAGCUGUCAGUAUACGACAGUGGCCACACCCCAGGAAUGCCUUUGACUGGCCGGCUAAAGCAGGUGAGGAUUGGCUGAUGGGUCUCAAAGCCUCAGUGAGUUAGGGACUUUAACAUGCAUGCCAAGACAGGCUCUGGCAGGUUGAACAGAUGUGACCAAUCGUGGGUCCAGCGGUCAAGACGGUAGUUUCUGCACCAUCUGUAGAAGGAAGUGAGAGGCAGAUGGGACUUGUCAGACUGGGAAGGUAGCCCAUCUAGGAGAAGAAAAACUGAUCCAAACCUCUGCUGCCUUGUGGGAUAUCUUCAGGGGUAGAAAAGGCUAAGGAGUUGAAAUAUACUCGGAGUCAAGUGUGAAUUUCAUGCUCUUUAUUCAGCUCAUAGUAGCAAUGAAUGAAUCUUUCCCCAAAACAUCUAGCUAUAUAUACAUUAUUUACACAAUGGGCCCUGCGUGAUUGGCUAAUUCCGGGCUGCUCCUGUAGGCCAAUCAGGUUGCGGAUUUACCUCCUCCAGAAGCCUGAUUGGCUCCUCCUGCAGGCCAAUCAGGUCACUGAGUCACUUCAUCCCGGAGCCUGAUUGGCUGCUCCUGCAGACCAAUCAGACUGCUGCAUUCUGGAUCCUAUUGUUCUAGGAUUCAGCUCAGUACAUAACAGGAGUAAAGUAAAUGCUACACAAAUCCAGAGUGGAGUCCUUAAGACAGGUUGUGCACCUCCUUCCGGCAACUCUUGCAGCUCAGCUGGUGCCAAAUGUCUUGCUCUGCUGUCCUUUGGACCACAUCAAUGAGGCCAGGGGCGGGUGGGUCUUGUCAUUUGGGCAGCCCAGGACCUCCAUACACACUGCCCAGGCUUGCGCCCCAGGGAGGUCAAUUUGGCUUCACCCCCAGAGGUGCACUCCAUUGUCUCUUGAGACAGAUGGAUUCCAACAAAAGCUUGCACAUCUUUGUAUGCUACCCAUGGAAUCGGACCAAUCAGUAUCCAUUAUUUCCUGGUGUGUGGGGAAGGUUUGUGCUGUCUGCAUUUAGUGGGAAGGAAGACCUGUGUCCCUCUAGAUAUUGUGGGACCCCCAACUCCCAUCAGCCGCUGCCAAAUGCAGUCAGUGAUGUGAGAGGUGAUGGGAGCUGUUGUAGUUCAACAACAUCUGCAGUUCCUUCUCCAUCUGUGGCCUAAACUGCUUAUAUUUGGGUUAUCCUUGGUGCCUCUGCAGCAAGUUUGAGGUGGGAUUCUGAUCUUGGUAUUGGGCCUCACAUUGGGCCUUCCCUAUCCCUUCCCCAACAUGCCUGGUCUUUUCUUUGACAUCCUUCUUUAUUUUGCUGGCCUGCCAAUCAAAGAAAGCAGGUCAUGUGCUUGAGACCCAAGAGCCCUAACUAAGGCUGGGGUCAAGGAUCUGAGGGCGUUCCCUCCUGAUUCUGGCAGGUUUCCUUGGCAGUGACAGCAGCUACAAGGAGCUACACCCUUUCCUUUCCCCUACAAUGCCCUUAAGACAGCAUUGCUCCAGGGGCAUUGUGGGAAAUUAAAAUGGCGGCUCAGUCAUUGUUGGGCCCUGGGAGGCACUCAAGAACGUUUUUUUAAAAAAAAUAUUUUUAUUUAUUUAUUUAACAUACAUACAAACCAGUAACAUACAUAUACUUGCAAGCAAACAAACCAAAAAAAGGAAAGAAGAUAUAGGUAAAGAAAAAAUGCAUAAAAUAGGUGGAUGGUGUGACACACCCUUGUGACUUCCCUCCACCAGUGCUCAUCAUCUUUAUUCCUUUAAAGUUCUUAUUUACAUUGCAAUUCAUGUAAAUAAUAUAUAAAUACCUUAUAAUAAAUAAAUAAAAUAAAAUAUAUAAUAUAAUAUAAUAUAAUAUAAUAUAAUAUAAUAUAAAUACCUUACUUAUUUUAUUGUACUAUUAUAUUAUCUAAUUCAACUUUACAAGCUUAGUCCAAACAUAUCAGGAUGCUAUCUUUAGAGUAGUAUAUUUAGAGCAGAACUCAUAUGUUCUUCAAACCAUACCCACUGUGACCUUUAUUUCUGAUUUGUUUGAUAUCUUACUACUGCAGUUAAUUUCGCCAAUUCUAUAAAUUCAGCUACUUUGAAUGACCAAUCCUCUUUUGUGGGUGGCACUCAUCAAGAAUGUUGCGUGGUAACACCAGGCUUGGUUGGGGUUGUCCACCGAGGAGUUCAAGAUUUCCACGCACAACAGUGGCUUUGUUCCUUUGCUCUCCGCAGUCCAUUGUGGCCAGCACACGGAAUGAAGAGAUGGCAGGCAAACCCUUCUACAUCCGGGACAAGGCAGUUCUGCGGCUGAAUGACCCCUAUAUCUCUGUCACCAGCCGGGACUUCCAUCCCUUCACUGAGUAAGUAGCACUUCCAAGGUUCUCUCCCCACCCCAGACACCUCUGCCACUGCCUACACUCCCUUCCCACAAUCCUCUAGGGUGCAACUGCGAGAAGUGAGGUUACAGGGAACCAGGCAGAGGGCCUUCUCGGUAGUGGCUCCCUCCCUCCCAUCAGAUGUCAAGGAAAUAAACAACUAUCUGACUUUUAGAAGACAUCAGAAGGCAGUCCUGUUUAGGGAAGUUUUUAAUGUUUGAUGUUUAAUCGUGUUUUUAAUGAGUGGCUGGGGAAACCCAGCCAGAUGGGUGGGGCAUAAAUAUUAUUUCAUUUAUUUAUUCGUCUAUUUAUUGUCUCGUCUCUGAACCCACAUUCCACUCUUUGACCCUUGUUUGCUAUCGCUAGGACAACUUGUUUACAAUGGCACAGAACUUGUAUUUUUUAGGUUGACAACCAUGCCUAAUGUGCCUUGACAGCUGGAUAGCUUAGCUGGCUGGAGUGUUUGUGCUGGCAAGGCUGCAGGUUCGAUCCCCGUCAGGGACAGCUUGUAUCUUCCUGCAUCGUAGUGGGUUGAACUAGAAAAUCCUCAGGGUCCCUUCCAACUCUAUGAUAUCUGUGAUUAUGGCAGAUAUUGGCUGUUGCCCGAUUUAUGUAUGGUAUCCCAUUUGCUGUUGAAAUAACAACAACAACAACAACAAUUUUAUUUAUAUCCCGCCCUCCCCAGCCAAAGCCGGGCUCAGAGUGGCUAACAACAAUAAAAGUAACACAGCAUUCUAAAAUCAAUUCAUUUUAAAAUCAAUUCAAAAUCAUAUUAAUGGCAACCAUUGGGCUAGAGUUCUGUGAGGAUUGCCAAAGGAGGGGGUCAGACUGUGCCUUGGCCAAAGGCCUGGUGGAACAGCUCUGUCUUGCAGACCCUACAGAAAGAUGUCAAGUCCCGCAGGGCCCUAGUCUCUUGUGACAGAGCGUUCCACCAGAUUGGAGCCACAGCUGAAAAAGCCCUGGCUCUGGUUGAGGCCAGCCUAACCUCCCUGUGGCCCAGGACCUCCAAGAUGUUUUUGUUUGAAGACCGUAAGGUCCUCCGUGGGACGUACCAGGAGAGGCGGCACCGUAGGUAUCAGUAUUUUUACUGCUUUUAAUGAAAUACCAGUGAUAAAAGUCUGUGUGCUACCCGAGUGCAGGCAUGCAAAGAAAGUAUGGUGUAUCACAGGAUCAAGAAAAAGGUUCCGUAUUUUUCGCUCUAUAAGACGUACCAGACGAUAAGACACACCUAGUUUUUGGAGGAGGAAAACAAGAAAAAAAAUAUUCUGAAUCCCAGAAGCCAGAACAGAAAGAGGGAUCUGGCUUCUGGAAUAGCCUCUUGCUGUUCUGGCUUCUGGGAUAGCCACCGAAGCCUCUCCUGGGCGCGGCUCUUGGGGGCUUUUCUGGGAGGUGGGGGAAGGGACAGAGCCACUCCCCGCUGCCCUGCGGAGGCUUUGCGUGGCUAAGCCAGAAGCUAGAACAGCGAGAGGGAGCGCUGCACAACUCUCCCUCUCGCUAUUCUGGCUUCUGGGAUUGCCGUGCAGCCUGCAUUCACUCCAUAAGAUGCACACACAUUUCCCCUUACUUUUAGGAGGGGAAAAGUGCGUCUUAUAGAGCGAAAAAUACGGCAAGUUAUUCCCAAACAAUAUCAUAUUCUGCAGUGCCAAGAGUAGCGGUGUGUACACAGGGAGCUCCUUCCAGACAGUGUUCUCUCCUUUAAACUGCUUGGUUUCACCCCACUUUCAGAGAAAUGGACGCAUUUUGAUCCCUCCUCCCUCCUCUCUCUCCUGCAGCAAGGAACGACAAGGCUAUGCUAGGAAGGAUGCUCUCUCGCUCCAGCAGUGUGGCGAAUACCCCGUGAUCCGUGAUCCUGAACCAAUGCGGGACAUCAAGGUGUUCCUCAAAGCAACCCGAGUGCCCCGUCUGGGGCCACACAUACCUGCUGUUCCCCACCGGGGUCUGCUUCCCCUGACCCGAGAAUCCUACCAGCCUCCCCAUGACUACAAGCGCACCUGGGACCGCUUCUGCCCGGUGGAGAAGCCUCCCACGGUCUCCUGCCGGGUGCCUGUGGUGGAGAUCAUGUGCGUUCCUCGCGUGUACGAAACAGAGUAUAAAUGCUACGGGAGUGGCAAGCCCAUGCCGGUGUGAGAGGCCAGGGGCAGCGAGCGUUUUGCAAGGAUCAGGCAGAGCAAACCUAUAGAAUCUAUCUUAUCUAGCAUUUGUGUCCGUUUUGCAGAGAUGACCACAGAGUCUCUAUUGAUAUUGUUAACGCUGCACAUAUGGGCAGCAGUUUGGAUGAAUAAAAGCGAACUCUUCUUUGAAAUAAAAAUUGUCCAGUCCAAAAAUA